AUGACUGGCAAAGCCGCAGACAACACCUUUAUCUUACAUUGUGGCAGUGUUAAUAAUCAUGUCCCAAAGAUUGAUUAUCCUAUUAGUAAAGGCAAUAACUUGAAACCUUUUGUCAAAAAGGUGCAGUUAACAGAUGAUUAUGCAAUUCAUGUCUUCAAUUUCAAUGGUACAGCAUGUAUAUCGAGCUGUGAUCUCUCGGCAUUUUUAUGGAAAAUUGACAUUGUUAGAACAAUGGUGAUAAUUUGUGAAGAGGAUUAUUCAGAGCUCUUCUCAGAGUUAAAACGGAUCAAUUUCAGUGGACUGUGGGAUGGCGAGGAACGUAAGGACUGGGUCACUCUUUUCCAGCUUGAAGAUGUCCCAGUUGUUUUGGAAACCUUCAACCAUCCAUCAGCAGAAUUGAAGCUGGCAGUCCAGUUGGCCAUCAGAAAUUUUGAUCCAAAUGAUGAAUUUUGGCGGGGUAAAUGUAAAGAAACUCCCAUCGAAAAUACUACCCAGAGCACCCAACCACUUUGCAAACAAUCCUCCCCAAAGCCAAUCCCCAGCAGAAGCAUAUCACAGAAGAAGUCACCCACAGUAUACAGUGAACAAACAGGCCUAAGCUCAUCAGCCUCUCCACCUCAGUUUCACUUUGGCAAGGGUUCUCCGUCUCAUAGAAACGAACUAAGGACAAGUUCAGCAGAAAGUUCACCUCGUUCAAGACGGCCAAGCACAGUCACCCUAGAGGAUAUCAAGACUAUCAAUGCAAAUUUAACCCAUUUGCACAAAUUAAGACAAUGUAUAUUGAACAAAAUGGAGAAAGCCAAUUGUCCCUACGAAAAUUAUGCUGCGACAUUGGCGAGUGUUGAAAGCAAACUGCAGAAAUUAAAUGCCUUGCUUAUAAAAGCCAGCCCAACAGUGGAGAACAAAGAUCCACCAGGUCAAGGAAGACUCCUUUCACCAUAUCAACAGAAUUCUAGCAAUGCACGACGGACUCCUUCUCCCGCAGGAAAUCUUGGAUUUUCUCCAAGAGAUACAAGAUCGGCCUUUCAGUCACCAAGUCCAUCACCGAUUUCAGACAGGAUUAAUGGCGACACUGGCAACCCCACCGAUGAUCUUCAGGAUGUCUUGUUAAUCAAUACCCAUCCUCCUUUUUGCUUCCUUGGCUUGCUUCUCUAA